CACACACACAACACAACCACACCCACACAAGCGAUCAGAUCCGCGCGCAUACAAACAGCGGUGGAAUGUAAGGGAGAGGUAGACGCGACAGGCCGGUGAGGGGACGACAACAACUUCAUGUGCAACCAGGACACGAGUGGCUGCCUGCAACACGCGGACCCACGAGAGAACCUGAUCCAACACCAACAGGACUGGAGACAUUUGACGGUGUGAGAGAUGGGAACCAAAGACAACACAGAAGAGGUGGUGAUGACGGCCCUCAAGAACAACGGUCAGGCGAUGAUGAGGAUGGAGAGAGUGAAGAGAAAAGACAUCAACUUCAACCAGAUCCACCACAUCGCUGGAGGUCCUUAUAAGGGCAUCUUGGUCAACAAACAGGCGGACAAACUGGACACCGUGGGGCCCCCCGAGGGUCGGAUAGAAUUUAUGGCGUGUCUGAUCAACUCACAUCAGAACAACGCUUCUGUUAAGGACCGCUGGGCACUGAGGUUUUGGUUUCGUGGCACGGCUGACGGAGUGACCAAGAAAAAAACUUUCAGGGAUUAUUUCUCGGAGCUCAUCAGCCCAACAAACCUACCCAGAAAGUACGUGGGUUUUAUCAAGAGGGCGCUAGUGUUGUUAAAAAGUUACCCACUGGUCAAGCGCCUGGAACUUGAGGUAGAAGAGUUGAACGAUGAAGAGGAAGAUCUGCCUCCAAUCAAAAGCUUUGUGUCUGUGUUCACCCCUGACUCCUACACCUACCGGUUCGUGCCGGAAGUGGCCGUGGACAACAAAGCGUUCUUGACCUUCAAGAUCAAGGCCAAGUGUGACGCGCAGAUCGCCCUGUGCGCGGUGUACGGGGACGUGGAGCGGAAGACGUACGAGGUCUGCCUAGGAGCAGACGGCAACACUAAGUCCUACAUCAGGGACGGUUCUCUGGGCGGCGUCAAGUCUGAGGCCAACACUGUCAACCUCUUGAGUGAAACUGAAUUUCGCUAUUUCUGGCUGUCAUGGGCAGACAACUGCGUGCAGGUCGGCAAGGGAGCGAAGUACGGACAUCACACGUUCUUGAGGUGGGAGGUGCCGGAGAACCGUCAGUUUAAAGUCAACAGCAUGGCCGUGGCCACUAGCAGGCUGUCUAAAGGACAGUGGGAGUUUGCUGAAAUUAUAGAUGAAAAAGAUUUAAAGCGAGAGGUCAAGUGGAAUAAAAUCAAGUUGUCCUUGCUGUGGUUGGCCAAAAAACAAAAAAUGUUGCAAGUGUUGGAGGACGCUUACCCCAACAAUUUACCCACAGAUAAACUGUUCAAGCUGAGCAAGUUGAAGCCGUCUGAUGGGAUAACAGCCAUCGUCAUGCUCAAAGACCUGGAGAAGAAAGGUCUCAUACGAGAGGUGGGGCAGGAGGUGGGGCCGGGGGUGUGGAUGAGGAUGCAGUGCAAGGAGGAGAUAGAGGAGCACGAGGUGGUGCUGGUACAGGAGCUGCCCACCCUGACGGGCAAGGAGCAGCCGACCAUCGCCAUCGUUACCAGCCUCUACCACGAGAAGUUGGCCGUGGACGCCAUGAUCGAGAACAAAAAAACUUUCGUCAAGUUCAAAACAGAGGGCGAGUCUCAGGUGUACACCCUAGGACACAUCGGCAGACACAAAGUUGUCUCGACAAAACUGGCCAAAAUGGGGGACGUGGAGGGGGACAUCAUAGCAGCCGAGAACACGGUGACGAGACUACUGGGCACGUUCAGCCAGGUCCAGCACGUGCUGAUGGUGGGGGUGGGCGGGGCCGUGCCCCACUACUCAGACUAUAAACAGCACGUGCGUCUGGGGGACGUCGUGGUGUCCACGCCAGUCGACGACACGGGAGCCCUCUACAUCUACUGCUCAAAGGUGGAGAAAGUCAAGAACUCCUCAGGUUACAGCUACGCUACCAGAAUCUUUACACCUGGGCAGCACGUGUUGUUGAACGUGGUGGAGAAGAUGAAGAAACAGGCAGACACCAACCCCACACAAGACGGCCAGUUCGAGCAGUUUAUCGAGGCCGGGAAGGACAUCCUGAGGGGGCAGGAGUCCAACUUCCACCGGCCCAACAUCAAGAAGGACAGGCUCUUCCUCACCAAGGCUGACGGCUCAACCAUCCAGGUCGAUCACCCCCGCCCCCUCACCGGUGCUAGCGACUACAAGGAGGGUCAGACUUGCAUUAGGUACGGUCUGAUUGGCUGUGGCAACAAGGUGGCGCGGACAGACCCGAUGCGCAGAGAGUUUGCGCAGCUGAACGGCAUCAAGGCAUACCACCAGGAACACGACGCCGUUCUCGAGUCAGUCGAGGGCAACUGUUGUGAGAGUUACCUGGUCAUCUUAGGGAUGUGCGACUAUGAGGACGGCAACAAAAAACAGUGGAGGAGUUACGCCGCCUUAGCUGCUGCAGCAUACAUGAAAUCCCUCAUUCUUAACUUGUAAGUGGCCGAUGGCCCUUACAUUUGUAAGUGGCCGUCUUUUGAUGGCCCUUACAUGUGUGAGUGACCAUCUUUUGAUGGCCCUUACAUUUGUGAGUGGCCAUCUUUUGAUGGCCCUUACAUUUGUGAGUGGCCAUCUUUUGAUGGCCCUUACAUUUGUGAGUGGCCAUCUUUUGAUGGCCCUUACAUUUGUGAGUGGCCAUCUUUUGAUGGCCCUUACAUUUGUGAGUGGCCAUCAUUUGAUGGCCCAUCUAUUUUCAAAGAGACAAAAUGAGACGGCAACUAAACUAAUUGAUCAACUUGUGUUGAACUUGUAUGCUCAAAAUAGAAUGGAUGUAAGUUUUGUAAAUAAACAUUUGGAUGGCCAACUUUAGAGAUCUAUGGAUGGCCGAUUAUGAUGACUUGCCAAUGGCCAACCUUGUCGAUCUGUGAUUGGUCAACUUUGUUGACUUGUGAUUGGUCAACUUGAAUGAUUUGUAAAUGUUGAUGUGUGUGAAUAUCCAAGUGUGUUGACCUUUGAACUGCGACCCUAAGCUUGUGACCUGUAAAGAACCAGCUCCUGUUGUGAACUGACCAACCGUGUCCAGUUUUCGACCUCCAUAUCCCUGUGCUGUGACGUCACUAUUUUAUACUUGAUUUGAUUUAACUGCGAUAUCCAGUAACACAGUGCUUUGUGUUUUAUUAAAUAAACAAAAAUAUUUUU